CCCCACGUGUCUGCCGCCUAGGGGAGGUACCUCAUCCGGAGCGGGCCGCCAACGGUCCGGCCCCGUCCGCACAGAGGCUCCUGUCGGCAGCGCCCGCGAGCGGCUCGGCUGCCCGAUGCUUCCGCCCCGGCUGCCGCGGGCCGGGCUGUACGCUUAGUGCCCGGCUCAGGCCCCCUGAAGCGCCAGCGGGGGUGAGAGCGGCCUCCGGCCCCGCGGAGACGGAGCGGCUUGAGGACGAGGCGGCGGCCGCGGGGAGGAGGAUGGGGGCUAACCAGUUAGUGGUGCUCAACGUGUACGACAUGUAUUGGAUGAACGAAUAUACCUCAUCCAUUGGAAUUGGAGUUUUUCAUUCAGGAAUUGAAGUCUAUGGCAGAGAAUUUGCUUAUGGUGGCCAUCCUUACCCCUUUUCUGGAAUAUUUGAAAUUUCCCCAGGAAAUGCUUCUGAACUAGGAGAAACAUUUAAAUUUAAAGAAGCUGUUGUUUUAGGGAGCACAGACUUCCUAGAAGAUGAUAUAGAAAAAAUUGUAGAAGAACUGGGAAAAGAAUACAAAGGCAAUGCUUAUCAUUUAAUGCAUAAAAACUGCAAUCAUUUUUCUUCAGCUUUAUCAGAGAUUCUUUGUGGGAAAGAGAUUCCUCGCUGGAUCAAUCGACUCGCCUACUUCAGCUCCUGUAUACCCUUUCUACAGAGUUGCCUCCCGAAGGAGUGGCUCACGCCUGCAGCCCUGCAGUCUAGUGUCAGCCAAGAGCUCCAGGAUGAACUGGAGGAAGCAGAGGAUGCUGCCGCAUCCGCUUCCGUGGCAAGCACUGCAGCAGGCUCCAGACCCGGGCGCCACACUAAACUAUAAAUGUCUCCAAAGUCACACAUUCAGAACUGUCUCUGGCAGUCGAAUAUCACUAGAGAAAAGUAAACAGAGAAGCAUCCUUUAGAUAUUUUGUAUGCAAAGAUGGCUCUCCCCCAAAUCCCAGUUUUUCAGCUCAGGAUUAUAUUUGUAAUCAAAAAAAAAAAAUCACUUGGCGCAGGAGGGAGAACUUUGUAAGAAGCUGCCCUCUGUUUUUUAUCCACUCGGAAAUCUGGAUUUACUUCUUCUGUUUUAUACAAGCUCUGUUAAGUUAUGUUUACAGUAUUUUGUGUCGCCGUUUACAAACCUUGCAUGGACUCCUGCCACCGUAAAAGAAGAAAAUCUUCAUGUCUUCAAAAAUUAGGCAGGUAAUCUUUGUAUACUUCUGACAAUUGCCAGAUCUGUGGCAUAAAUAGGCACACAAAAAGGUACUUAAACAGUUAUAGUUACCAUCACCUGCUUAAGAAUGGUCUUUUAGAUUUGUGUUUGUUUUGUUAAAGUUGUUGGCACCAGGAUGCAGAGAAUCAGACGGGCCUGAGGUGAAGGAGCACAGAGCCCUGAGGGCUUGGAACCCUGGGUCCAGUUCCUCUUCACACCCCCUUCCACUCUGAGUAGCACAUCUCCCCAGGUGUCCAUGGAACACCUGCUUUCAUCCCAAAUAUCCGUCCACCUAGGCGGGGUGGUCUGUUCCUACGUCUCUGACUUUGAUGCCACUCAUUCUAUAGUUUAGCUGUUUUUCGUUCAAGGUAUUCUUGGUAGUAACUGACAAGUGUGUUGCACAUGCAUUGGGGGAGGGGCUUCAUUUUUAUUUUAAUACACACGUAUUUCCUCCUUGCACAGGAUUUUGAUGGUGUGGGAAUAUCCUAAGUGGUAGCCUUCCAAGUAGCAGUGAGUUGAUAUUCAACUGCUUUUAACUAUUCAGGCUACCUUUUAUACUAAACCUUGAAAACUAGAAUCUAACGUCUACCCCAAAAAAGUAGUUCUUUGAUAUUUUAUACUCUUUAUGUACCAUGUCGGCGUUGGUCAUGGGAGUCAUUUCACAUCAUAAUAGAAUGCCUAGUCUCAUUGCCCGGUCGUUAAAAAGUCAUAUUUGUGUGUCUUAAGAUUCAUAUUUAUAUGUUCUCUCAAAUGUAUGUCUCUUACGUAACAUACUCUAAGAAUGAAAUUGUCACCACAGAUAAAUCCUUGUUAGCAAGGAAUCUGUCUGCUCCAGUCUACUCCUAGUUUGACCCUUGGAAGUAAGAACCAAGUCAUUACAUGUCAAAUUCAAUUUUUCUGCCUUAAGAAUGAAUGUCCUACGUAAAAUAUUGGAUGUAGUGUAAAAUUAUCCAAGGCAGUGACUUCAGCUUUAUAUAUAUAUAAAACAUAGUUAGUUUUAAAGUUAUUGACAUUUAUUUAAACUUUUAGAUUGGAUUGUUUGCUACUGCUCUGUGUGGGGUUACAUAAUCUUUCAGUAAACUAUAUUUUUAACUUUUCCAUAAGCUGAUUUUGGUUCAUUUUAUCAGCAUAAGCACACCCUGUUCAUAGGGAAAAUAAACCUUGGGUUAUAGACAUUGGCCUGAGGACAGUGAAGCCACUUAACCUAAUUUAUGCUUUUGACUGUUCUGUUUCCAGAGAGGAAAGCCUUUACAAAUUACUCUCAGUUCUUUAGGGGCAGAACGCUUGUUUCAAGAGGUUUGACAGAAGAAAGGAAUAUAUGAACUUAAUGAGAUGUCGACUUGGUUCAGGUCUAAAAAUGAGGGCAAAACACUAAGGCUCUAGCAGUGACUUGUUCACUAAAAAGAGUCCUGUCCCCAAACCCAGGUUAGUACAAAGCCUUGGAUACCGUUUGCUUGUAAUAUUUUUAAUAAUGUGAGGAGUGCAGUUUUUUCUAAUUCAUUCAAGUAUAUGUGAUUUAAACCUGGGCUGCUGACACACACAGUAGCCAUUAGUUAGACACUUCUUGGUGAAUAUCAGGAACAUCCCAUCUGUGCUUAAACAGAAUCCAGCAAGUCAGCACACAAGUGAUUUGAUUGAUUGUUAUUUUGUUGUAUUUACUUUUUUUUUUUUUUUUUUUUUAAGACGGAGUCUCGCUCUGUCGCCCAGGCUGGAGUGCAGUGGCGCGAUCUCGGCUCACUGCAAGCUCCGCCUCCCGGGUUCACGCCAUUCUUCUGCCUCAGCCUCUCCGAGUAGCUGGGACUACAGGCACUUGCCACCACGCCCGGCUAAUUUUUUUUUGUAUUUUUAGUAGAGACGGGGUUUCACCGUGGUCUCGAUCUCCUGACCUCAUGAUCCGCCCGCCUCGGCCUCCCAAAGUGCUGGGAUUACAAGCGUGAGCCACCGCGCCCGGCCUGUUGCAUUUACUUUCAUCUGCAGCAUUUGGAGUUUAAAAAUAAUGUAAAGGGUUCUAGUAAAAAUAGUGUCCUAAGGCCAAUUACCAUACUAACAAUCAGCAGAUAAAAUUCUGGACAUGAGAUUCCUUAUAAUCUAAUUAUACCUGAGGUUGAGAAAUAAAUGUCUUCCUUUAGAAAAUCUCAUUCAAGUCAGGUUCUUCUCUACAGUUCAAAAUUAUUGAGAAUUAAUUUAAUUAACUAGCAUUUAGCCAGCUUUUUCUUGCCCUUGGAGAAAAAGAAUCAUUCUCAACCUGAUAAUCUGUUAAGAAAAAUCCUGUAUGAACAAUCUGGUCAUUAAUAUACAUAUGAUACGGAGUCUCUUUGUUGUAACCAGGUGAACAUACUUCUCAUGGUGGGUUGGACAAUAAUACAUGUUAGAGGGUCAGAAGCUUCUGGUUUCUGCUGUUUGCUUUAAAUACCCUUGGGGGUUUUUUUUUAAACCCUUACAAGGGGAGCAUCAGCUUUGGAAAGUGUGACUCUGUAGGAGUGUAGAAGGCAGUGGUGUAUGAUCUUAGCCUCGUCCUGAUGCCUGAAUCCAGCCAGCUGUUGCUCUGACCCACAGCAAUAGAGCAAGUUACCCAUCACCAGCAUUUGUACAGAGCAGGGAAUUCUGGUUUUAGUCCAUUGGUAGCAUUGUGUGUAUGAGGAGAUACAACACCACAGACAGCUGCAGGACUUGAUAUCCAUGGCUUCUUUCCAUCACAAAACGGGUAGAAACACAUUCACUGCUUCAGGGUUCUAAUCUGUGUGUCUCCUUAUGACUCCAUUUCUGUAAGAUACUCUGUAACUUUGAUAUAUGCUGUAUUUUCUUUAAAAGAUUUAGAUUUUGUUCAGCAAGCUAGCCAUACAACCAUUGUAUCUCUUUCUCUUCAGUGUGGCUUAGAGCAGAGCUCAGUUAGUAGGCUUUCAUUGUCUUCUCUUUCAAUACAUGUACAUCUUUACUGUUUGAAAGGUGUUAACAGCUGUCAGAGAAUCUUCAUGGACCUGAAGAUAAUUUCUUGUGAAGUUGAAUGCAAGUGUACUGUCAUUCAUAGUGUUUAUAUCAAAAUACCAGGAAUCUUCACUUUUGCUACCUUGAUAUAGCAUUGAGCUAUCAUGUUACAGCAUUGAAAUACAUUGAUUUAUUAAAAAAUACUUUUAUAAGAAA